AUGUGGGACUUCUUUUGGCGCAAGAAACAGCGGAAGCCCAAAAAUCGACAGUUGAAGUGGACGGUUAUCGCCCCGGCAACUCGCGGUCAAGAAGAAACCACGGCCCUUCGCGAGAAUGCAGACGACCUUGGAGCCGCUGUUGCGCUCCACCAGGUCAUCGCGGCGAGUAGACCACAGAACAACCGAGUAAUGUCAAGCCAUAUGACCUCGAGGUUAAGCGUACAUACUCAGGUCUCUAAUGUCUCUGCGGACUCAGAAGAGUACAUCAGAAACCCUUACGCAGAGUCCGGUCGCCGUCCGCGUAGACAGGAUAGUAGCUCUGCAUCAAGCCCUCUUGCGGUCAAACCUGCCACACGGGCCGAAGCUUCAGUCGAUGAUGACUUUGUUAGCGUUGACAAGUCUAAAGGCAAGGAAGUCGACCAGCCCAAGGUCAUCCGCAGAAAUAUGUUGGCAGAUCCUCUUGGGACCGUUCUUCACAUGACUGUAGCGGCAGCCCUCGCAGCUGGGCCUCCAGGGCGCCAGUAUAUUACUUCUGGCCCGCCACCGCCUGAUCAGAGAGGCCGGGUACAGAGUAGUAGCGAUGCUCAGCCUCUGUCUAUGCCUCAACCACCCCGACGGUGCACUCUCACGCAACGCCAUCGGUCUGUCAGCGACCCAGCGGUUUUGAGAGACAGACAUGGUGUCAGUCCUUCAAGUUCUAAACGAUCGGCGAGGUCAUUAGGGGCAUUGUCGUAA